AACUCUUCGUAUUUUUUUCUAAAAAUUCGGCCAUUCUCUAUUCUCUACCCUUGGAGAAUCACAGAGAGAAACUUUAGUAUGUUAUAAUUCAAUGAUGUAAAAAUGUAAACCCGUGAUGUAAACAUAUCGUAUCGUACAUCCUCAAUACGUCAAUCGUCGAUGCGUGUGUUAUUUGGUUAUAAACUACAUUAUAAACAUACGAGAUGUCUGAUGAAGAAGUAAUACGUCGCAGAUUACUUAUAGAUGGCGAUGGGACAGGAGAUGAUCGUAGAAUUAAUAUGCUGUUGAAAUCAUUCAUAAAGUGGAUUAACAGCUCUGAUGUAGAUCAUACAUUACAUGAAAGAAUGCUAUCACAGUUGGCACAAUGUGAAUUUGCACAAAAAUCCAGACUAGUUUCAAAUAUGAGUCGAGAAGAGUUAGAUAGUUAUGAACAGCUAUCCAAAGAAAUUGAAAUACAAAUAGAAGAAGCUAAAGAAGAUAUAGAAAAAACUAAAAUAGAAUUGCAAGAUGCCAAACGUGUGAGAAAGAAUAGAAUAGAAUAUGAUGUAUUAGCCAAAGUCAUUAAUGAACAACCAGAUCGAUUGGAAACAGACAUCAAGCUUGCCACAUUACAACAAGAAUUAGCCACUUUGAAGGAAAAAUCAGAACAGUUGGAGCACAAGUUAGAAAUGCGUCGUAAACAAUUCCAUGUUUUAAUAUCAUCUAUACAUUCUCUACAAGGAAUGUUAGAUGAGUGCGAUGAAGAAAUAAUUGAUGUGAGCCUUCAAAGUGAAACAGAGGACACAGAUGUGCAAAUGCGUAACAGUCCAUAAAGUACAUUUACUUUAUAAAUAAUUUAAAAUAAGUGACAAUAAAAAAGCAAUUUGAUAAAAUUCUAUUUUUAUUUUCAA